AUGAAAAAGUUAAAAGAUGAGCAAACUACAUCUGAUGAAGAUAAAUAUGCCAAAUAUUCAAGGGAAAAAGGGGAAAAAAUAUUACCUAUAAGAUAUUUACCAUCUAUUAUAUCUAAUUCAUUAGAAUCUGUUUAUUUUGUUAAUUAUAGAGCAGUUGUAGUAAAAACAAAACAUUAUUAUGUUACUCAAAAUUCAUACAUGCUAUUUGGUGAUGUAUUUAAGAUAUAUAAUUUAAAAGGAGAAAUUAAAAAAAUUCAUGCUUUUUUUCCAGGAGGUGAAAACAAUCUAUCAGACACACUUAUUAUGUUAAAAACAACCAUAGUAGCAGUUACAACUUCAAAAGGAGAAGCAUUGAGAGUUGCUGAUGAAAUUGAAAUGACUUGUAAAAUUUGUCAUAAAAAAAGAAAAGCAACAAAAUUUUCUAUAGAAGGAUUUUUAAGGAAAGUUAGAUGUGAUACUUGCAGAGUAAAACCUCGUAACUUGAUAGCUAAAACAAAUAAUACAAGAAAAUUAAACAAUUACAGAAAUGAAAAUAAUAAUAAUAAUAAUAAUAAUAAUAAUAAUAAUAAUAAUAAUAAUAAUAAUGAUGUUGCAUUAGAUAAUAAAAAAAAUAACUCUUCACAUGAUAACAAUAGUAAUAAUAAUAAUAAUAUUAGUAGUAGUAGUAGUAGUAAUAAUAAUAAUAAUAUAAGCAAUAAUAAUAAUACAAAUAAUAAUAAUAUAAAUAAUAACAAUAAUAAUAAUAAUAAUAAUAAUAAUAAUAAUAAUAAUAAUAAUAGUAAUAGUAAUAAUAGUAAUAAUAUAAAUAAUAAUAAUAACAGUAAUAAUAAUAAUAGUAAUAGUAAUAAUAAUAGUAAUAAUAGUAAUAAUAAUAAUAAUAUUAAUACUAAUACUAAUACUACUAAUACGAAUACUACUACUAAUAAUACUACUACUAAUAACAAUAAUUCUAGUACCAGUAGCUCCAGUAAUAAUAAUAGUAAGCAGCAUUUAUGCACAUAUAAUUCUAAAUCUAGUAAUAAUGCAAAUUCUUUAUUAAAAAAUAGUAAUUAUACUAACAAUAAUAAUAAUUCCUGUAGUAGCAGUGGUAAUAACAACGCUAAUCAAACUGAAUCAAAAAAUAGAGAUGAAAUUAUUGCAAUGAUAAUUGAAUUAAUUAAAUAUAUAUCAUGGAUGCAAAAGGCAUUGAUAAAAGCAUCAAAAGGAAAUUAUGUUAUUGAUCACUCAGAAGUUAAUAUAGAAAAAAUAUCAAAAGUAGUUCAUUCCGCUCAGGAAUUAUGUAAUAAAUUAUUACAUCAAAAAGCAUUAGUUGAACCAUCAAAUAAUCAUUUAAACUUAACUUCUUUAAUACCUUUUUAUAAUAAUGCACCAAAUAAUAAUUUUAGAGUGAAAUAUUCAAACCUUUAUGAAAAUAAAUUUAAUAGUAUGAAUAGAGGAAAUGAGAAUAAUCUAAAUAGUUCUAAUACUUCUAAUUUAUUUAAUAGCAUUAUUAAUCAAAAUAAUAUAACACCCUCUAAUGGUAGUAAUAAUAAUAACAGAAGUGGUAAUAAUAAUAAUAUUAAUACAAAUAAUGAUUUAGAUAUAGAUUCUACUAGUAAUUUUAAUAAUAUUAAUUCUAAUAUUUUAUCAUAUUAUCCGAAUGCAUGUCAACUUAACUGCCUACCAUCUAUUACCUCUUCAAGAAAUGAUGAAAGAAAUCAUCAUUUUAUUAAGCAUGAAAAUAAUUAUAUUUACAGAAAUAAUAAAAAUGAAGACUUUUCUAACAUAUCUAAUGCAAAAAAUAAUUAUUAUAAUGAAAAACCCGAUUUUUUGUUUUCAACUUUGUCAAAACAAUAUAAUUCAAAUGUAAAUAUUUCUUUUUCUAAUAUAAAUAAUUCAGUAUCUAAUUUUUAUAGAACUGUUUCAAAAAAUUAUAAUUUAAGGGAUACUAUUUUAAAUUUUGAAAAGUAA